CAUAGCCCUUAAGACAUAUAUCAAUUAAGGAGGAAAGAGACCGCCAUUCAUAGAGAGUAAUUUUGCAUUCUUAUCCUCAUAUUUACCAGGGAUAGAAAAGCAUGGCUUCCUUUCCACCACCGUCCAGAAAAAGACGUCGCGAACCCGUUAACGUGGACGUUAAGCUGGUAGAAAUCUACGAAGACCUAGCCAACGAGAAUGACGAGAUUAGAUUAAAAGCUGCUCAGCGGCUUGUGUCUCGAUUUACUCCCGAUCAGAAACCUACAGAUGAGCAAAUCGAAAAGACACUGCAACGCUUAUUUCGUGGACUCUGCAGCGGCCGAAAGGCCGCUAGAAUCGGGUUCUCAAUUGCUUUGACGGAAACACUUUCUCAACUUUUCUCGUCUCGUAGAGAUCUGCCAUCUUCGAGUUUGGAUAUAUCAAGAGCGAUUGAGAUUUGGGAAGCGCAGUCAAAUCCUGGAGGUUCCGCAUCAGGCCAGGAGGAGAGAGAUCACCAUUUUGGACGACUUUUUGGAGCGGAAGCUCUUAUUAAAUCUUCAGUGCUCUUUCAGUCCCAGGUGCCGUUCGAAAAAUGGAUUAAGAUCCUCAAUACCUUAUUUGACCUAGCCAAGAAGAAACCAUGGCUUCGUGAAGAGUGCGGAUGGAUAGUCUUCUGUUCUUUACGAGAAAUUCAGACUCACAAAUUUGAUGUUAAAUAUGCUGAGGCGGCAUUGGAUUCGCUCUGUCAGAAUGGCCUUGCUAAAACCCCGGAAGGUGUCGCCAUAUGGAUUGCGGCAAAAGAUCUUUUUGCAACAAUGAAAUUCCCUGAGGAUGUAUGGCAGCAUGGUAGUCCACUACACGUACGGGAAAAGACUUCCCUUGCGAAAAUAAUGAAAGAAACGUCCGAAUCACAAUCUGAACAUGGGAGGGAGAAUGGUAAAGCACAGAAUUCGGGAGUCUGGAAUCCAAAAUUGCAUUUUGCGUGGGACAUUGUCUUGCAAAAGCUCUCUACACAACCACCCGGACAGAACGGAUCGUCAAAGACCAAGGAUUCAAAAGCCACUCAGGCUAGUUUCACUGAUAUUUGGACUGAGGUUGUUGAUAAAGGAUUAUUUGCGGCUGCGUCCUCCGAGGAACGUAAAUACUGGGGUUUCCUUCUUUUUAUAAAGAGCAUGAACGAGGCUCCUCCACAUCUCGCUGAGACAGUCUUCACCAAAAACCUCAUGCGGUGUUUCAUGAAUCAGCUAGCUGUUGAAGAUCGGUAUCUUCACCGGAUAGCUGCCAAAGCACUGAAAUCCGUCCAGGCGCGUGUAGCGAGAGAGCCGGAGUUUAUUGUGGCCGCUAUUAACGGACUAAUGGGCCCGACUGGUGCGGUAAAUUUUGACCACAUUACGAAGACCAAGACUGUUGAAAAGAUGAUUUCUGCGGUCAGUGCGGAUACUUUGAAGGAGAUUAUCCCGUUGUUUGAAAGUAUGAUUGCGAGACCUGGCAUGGAAGAUGUAAAAGCUGCCGCGUCGACUCGCCAACAACUCACAGCAUAUUUACUCUCGGUUGUGAGGACACAAGCGGCUGCCAUUAACGCCACUGAUUCGGACGAGCUACAGUCGUCAAUCGAGAGUGUUUUGUUCCUCUUGGCUCGCUUUGCUUAUUUUAUAUCUAACGAAAACGCCAAAAGCAAACAAACGCCAGCAGAACCUCCUGUCAUGGAAGCCACCCAGGAAUUGUUUCGUAAUAGACUGAUGUCAUGUCUGAAUAUCGUCAUCAGUGGCCGGAAAAGCCCAGCUGCCAUCCCUUAUGCCGUGGUUCGCAAGAUCCAUGAAAUGGAUGUGGAUGGGGACUGGGGCAAAUUUGUCAUUGAAAUGGGUGAAGACAUUAAGGGAUCUGUUGCGGCGGCUUUCAAGACGUUAAAGAAGCUUACUUCUAAGGAAAAACGCGCCGAGAAAAAGGAAGGAUCUAGUAUCCAGGCUUUCAAACUCCUGUACUCGAUGACGAUAUUGCAAGUGUAUAAUGGGGAUGCCGACGCUGUUUCGAUGCUUGACGAGCUAAAAUUCUGUUACUCUAAAUUUCUCGGUCACAAGGCAGAGCGUGACGAGGCAAACGAGGCGUCAGAUGCGCUCGUGGAAAUCCUCCUCAGCUUCUCGUCGAAACAAUCGCAACUAUUCCGUCGGAUGAGUGAACAAGUGUUUGGCGCUUUUGCGGAUCAGGUUACUGCGACUGGUCUUCAAUCUUUGAUUGAUGUGCUUGAAGCUAAGGACACGCUCGCUGGCCAAGAGGAAAUGUUUGAGAGUCAAGAAGUUGGCAGUGAUAUAGAAAUGGUUGAUGUUGAUGCUGAAAACUCCGAUGAUGAUGAUGAUGAUGAUGACGAAGACGAGGAUGAUGUUGAAGUAAUCAGCCAGGCCUCCGAGGACGACAGCGAGGACGAAUCAGAAGAGUCGGAAGAGGAAGACGAUGAUGAACUGCAGGCCUUCGAAGCGAAGCUUGCUUCAGCAUUAGGUACCCACCGAGCCGACAAGGACAUUGAUGCCACCUCUGACUCUGAGGAUGCCUCCAUGGAUGACGACGAAAUGGAAGCCCUCGACGACCAAAUCGCAAAAGUCUUCCGCGCCCGUAAACAAGUCUACAGCAAAAAGAAAGAGCAAAAAGACGCAAAGGAGACCAUGCUGAAUUUCAAAAACCGCGUGCUCGACCUGCUCGAAAUUUAUGUGAAGAAGUGCCAUUCCAACAUCCUCGCCCUGGACCUUCUUAUGCCGCUAUUACAACUCAGCCGCAAGUCAAGGACCAAACAGAUCGCUGCUCGCGCCAGCAAUGUGCUCAGAGAAUAUACCAAACAAUGCAAGGGAGCGGCUAGCAUCCCCUCCAUUGAAUCUGCGGAGCCGGUCUGGGAGCUAUUGAAAGCUGUGCAUCAGGAAGCUACGCAUAGCGCGCCGGCUGCUCACGCGUCGUCCUGUAGCCAGGCGAGUUUGCUGCUGGUGAAGAUUCUUGUGGCACAUGAUAAGGAGAGUUUGUCCGGUAUUGUCGAUAUUUAUGCCGAGACGCGCAAGAAGCAGCUUACCAGCAAGAAGUGUCAUGUCCAGCCGUCGUUCUUCUCGGAUUGGAAUAACUGGUGUGUUUCUGCGAGCAAGCAGAUGAAGGAGUAGGAGCCGGUCGGUUGGAUCCAUAAUGAAUGCCGGAGGAGGGAAGGCACAUAUAUAUCUUAGCCUCUCCGUAUCCAUUCUGUUUUCCCGGUGGCUACUCGCCUUGCAUUGUUUCAUCUACCGCCUUUCUUGCUUCCGUUUCUAAUAUCGAGUAGAUUUCCUGUUUCCUGUCAUAUUGAACUUUGUACCCCCCGAAAACUCAAUUCCACUCGAAAUACAUUUGUCCCAAUCCUGCCCCAUAAUUUUAUACCGAACACCCUUCCAAAGACAAGACUUGACUUGAAUAUACCCGGCAAUAUCUCAAGCGUUGGUUGAACUUCACCUUAACCUGCGCCUUCAAUUAAAUAUUUCCCCUAGUUACCUCUGAAUAGAUUCUAUUAUUCUCCACAAUGGAAGAAAGCAGCCAGAACAUGACAUCAAAAAAUAAAAAAGGGGGUGGGUGAGAGUCAAAACCAUCCAACCGCCCCCCGGGAAGGCUAGAACUUCCAACUCUCGAUUAACAGUCGAACGCGCUAACCAAUUGCGCCCCAGAAGCAUAGGUAGAGAGAGACAUUUGUUGAGAAUGGAUAACCAAGGACAACGAUCCAAAUAUAUAUCGUAAAAAUGAAAGGUAUCUUGACAUCAAAAAUUGGAGCACGCCUCUCCGCGAUUUUACGAAUAAAUAUUCACUUAGUCGGAGUCAUCAGUGCUCUCCUCUUCGGCCUUCUUCCUUUUACCCACACUAGUAGGACUAGCUUUCACUUUCGCUUUCCCCUUCCCCUUCGCCUUUCCAUUGACAGCAAACAUAUCUCGUAGAUCCUUCUGUUUUCCCUCCUUAUCCCGCUUCUUGUCACACAUCGCUUGAUGUUUCUCUCUUUCCUCUUUCCCCUGCGAGGCCAAUUCCGCCUCCAGUCUGAGAAAUUCCUCGCUCUCAGUGUCCAUUCCAAUAAGCGACUCGAGAAGUUUUAUCUCCUUCGCCCAUAUGGAUUUAUCCUCAAUCAUAACCGGCUUACCAGGUUUUGCUUUCUUAGCUGGCCCCUUCUUGGUACGGCUAUUUUUCUUCUUGGUAGUCGUUUCGGUUGAAUGAUCGUCCUUACACACUCCGUAUUCGUCGUCCGGUUGUCCAGUUGCCGUCUCUGCGUCCGAUUUCGCAGGUCGGUCAAUGGGAGUUUCUAAUAUCAUCGGGAUGCCUUCUAGUCUCUUGUCAUUCAUCAAGUUAUGAAAUGCCCUCAGACCCAGAAAUCCUGUUCCUAUAUUCGCGUGUAAAUCUCGUCGGCUACCCAGUGGCGUUUUGGAGUCAUUCAAAUGGAAAGCUCGUAGGUAUUGCAGGCCUAUUUCUUUAUCGAAUUCUUCCAUGAAAUUAUUCCAGCUACUAGGGCUACGGAGGUCGUACCCGGCCGCAAAACUGUGGCAUGUGUCCACGCAUAUCCCAAUGCGAGAGCGGUAGGUAUCUGGAAUGAGGGCAAGAAGUGCUUUGAAAUGCGAUAGUGAGCCUCCUAUUGUGGUUCCAUGGCCGCACAUUGUUUCGAGAACUGGAACAACUGUUGUCGUAGCUUUGAGAGCAGAGAUGAGAGCUUGUGCCAAUCGAGAUAAUGAAGACUCAAGGGUAGUCUGGUUGGUUGCUCCCGGGCUGUUUGUAAUGAAUCAAUUAUUACCUAUUCCAUGGAAUGCUUUGCAUGUAUGGGGACUAGAUCCUGGACUGAAACGUACUGGAAAUUAUAAAGCUUGAUACCAAGUUCUUCACAACGUUUCAGAUCAUCAAGAAAGGAAUCGUAUGCCUGCUUCGCUUUUGUCGGGUCUUCUUGCGCCAGAUUCACCAAAUACGAGCCAUGAGGAAGAACAUAUCUGGAUCUGAAUUAGCUUACAUAGAAUAAUCUGAGCAAAGUUGCCGAAAUUGGUCUC